AUGUUCACUGUAUUGGGUCGAGUAAUGAACCGACAUUGUGCCUUGCGGGCACAUAGUAGGAUUAGAAUGCCAACUCCGAUGAAAGUGUCAUCGUUGCUUCCUCUGCCCCAUAAUCUUUUGAGAACAUAUGCAACUGAGAAGCAUGAUAUGGAUGAAUUAAAUAAAAGCACGGAUUAUAUGCAUAUACAGAAUAUUUUGUUGCAGAAGGAGAAAGAGCUUAGUACGAAGCACACCCUAUUAAAGGAAGCCACAGGGUUUUAUGACAGGUUCAAAAUAAAUACGAAAUGGUUCUUGAUCCGGGGUAAUAGGCCCUUUAGUUUUGAUGAGUUAUCGACGUUAUUCUCCUGGCUUAUAAUAUCGCAGAUUAUCUGGGUUAUCCUAGGGACUACGACAUUUGUUUCCUUAGUAUUGUUUACAUUCAAUACUGUUUUCGCAAAAGAGAUGGUAGGGAAGUUUGUAGGAAACACCUUGAACAAAUAUAUUGAUAGUUGUGAUGUUGAAUUUCAAGAUGCUUUGGUACCCGAAUGGAAGAAAGGUUGUAUCAGAUUCCGUAGCGUCAAAGUUAGGACAGUAACCGAUGGAAAGUCUGAUGUGCCCUCUGACCAAUUACAAUUCGAUUUGAAGUUUAAUCAGGUAGACAUAACGCUUUCAGUGCGCAAAUGGAUGACUGGCCAUGGGCUAAUAGAUAAUUUAACUGUGCUGGGUAUGCAUGGGAAAGUGGUCCUGAAUGAUGUCAAUGAAAACAAGUUAGUUGGUUGGUUCAGUAACCCAGAAUACCAUUUAGGUGCAGUGAAAGUUUGUGAUAGUUGCUUUACAUUGAGAGAUGGCAAUCAAGACUACCGUAUUUCAAUCUACAAUAUGGAUAUGAAUCGACUUAGAUUUGAAUGGUGCGUCUCGGACUUUUUUAACGCUAAUGUGGUGACUGGGGCGAUUAAUCAUUCUUUAUUCACAAUUCAUAAAAGACAACACAAGCUAGCAUAUCUACAAGAUCUUGAAAAAGAUCUUUCUCCUUGGAAGAGAAUUACGAGACUAAGAUUGGAUAGAAUCUCCGUCAAGGAUUUAGGGUUGGAUAAAUCCAGCUCAUUCAACUGGAUUGAAGAGGGAUCUGUUGAAAUAAUUGCCGAUUUGAUGUUACCUAAUGUUGAAGAUGAAUCUCAAGAUUCUGACGAAGAGAAAAACAAUAAAUACAUGGUAAUGGAUUUGAAAUUCAACUUUAGAGAUUUAAAAGCUAAAUUCCCAGAGUCAGCUCCUACAUUAUCUAAUGGAGAGACUGUAAUAUCUUUUGACGAGUUAAAGCCUAUUAUUAACUACAUCAAUAAUAGACGCGUGAUCUUUAAUUCGGUUGCUACAACGGAAACUAUUGAUCCAGACUGGAAUCGCAUAACACCCGUCUCAAUAAAAAGACAGAAAUCAUAUCCAGAUACUACUGUUAUUCCAACUUCUGUAACAUGGCCUGACGGGGAGGAUGAGGUACAAAUUAACAAAGAAAUCAUAAAGUAUCAUGACCAGCCAACAACUAAUACGAACAAUUUAAUAUUGAAGUGCAGAAUUGUGAAGAACAUCGAUGAACUUCAAAAUGUCGCCCUCUUUAGGGAAAGCGGCGUUUAUGACGUAUUGGCUAUGGAACUCUAUGUUGAUUUGAUGAAGAUAGUGGAAGAAUGGGAAUUCAAGAAAAAAAACAGUUGGAUGAGAUUAUGGGGCACAACUCUAGCUUCCCAGUUGUUAAUAUUUGGACUCGGUGCCAUGGUUUAA